AUGAGUGACAAGAAGUGCCCUUAUUCGGUAAGUAUCACUGAGGACAACACCAGCGACCCAGAUCCAGAGAAAAUUGCUCAUGUCAUCUCCAAUCUUGAAGGUGAAACUGACUUCAAAGAUUUCGAUGAUAAGUUCAACCCUGAUGAAUAUGGUCAAACAAAGCGCAAGCUUUCUUCAAGACACAUGUCUUUGAUGAUCAUUGGACAAUCCAUUGGUACCGGUUUAUACAUUGGUUUGUCGACUCCGUUAGUCAGUGCUGGUUCAUUAGCGCUUUUCAUUGGGUUCUUAACUUGGGCUGUGCUUAUGAUUUGGCCAUUAAUGCAAGCGGUGGGUGAAAUGUGUUGUUACUUGCCUCUCAGAGGUGCAUUUGUUCAUUUUUCUGCUCGUUGGGUCGAUCCAGCCUUAGGGUUUGCGGCUUCGUUAAUUUACUUUUACACCUCUGCGAUGUUCGUUUGCUUGGAAGCUACUGCUUUCGCAGGUGUUAUUGCAUAUUGGAGACCUGAUAUCAACCCUGGUGUGUGGAUAUCUAUUUGUAUUGUAUCUUAUGUAGCCUUUAAUGUUUUUGGUGUUAAUUGGUAUGGAGAAAUUGAAUUUUAUUCCUCCAUGCUUAAAGUCUUGUUAAUUGUCGGAUUAAUGUUGUUCUCAUUGAUCUCUAUGUGUGGUGGUAAUCCAAAGGGAGAUGCCUAUGGAUUUAGCAACUGGGCUAAGGGUGGGUUGAUAAAGGAAUAUCUUGCCGAAGGUGGAUGGGGUAGAUUAUCUGCCUUUUGGUCUGUCAUGUUGUAUGCUGCCUUUUCUUGUGGUGGCCCUGACUUAUUGGCUGUUUGCUCUGGUGAAGCUAGAGUACCAAGAAAGACCAUUGCUUUGGGUGCAAAGAGAUCUUACAUCCGUAUCUACUUGUUUUAUUUUGGUGGUAUCUUCUUCAUGAACUCUCUUUGUGCUUCUAAUAAUCCUACUUUACUUGAUGCAAAAAAGUCUGCCUCUGCUGGUGUUGCUGCCUCGCCGUGGGUUAUUGGUAUUCGUGAUGUUGGCGUUAAGGGGUUGGAUUCUUUGGUCAAUGCUAUUGUUAUGACUUCUGCUUGGUCUUGUGGUAAUGGUUUCUUUUAUGGUGCAACCAGAACCUGUUACUCUGCUGCAUUGGCUGGAUAUUUACCUCGUAUGCUCUGUAAGUGUUUGCCUAAUGGUUCUCCAAUUGCUGCUGUUCUUUUGGUGUUUGCAAUUUCCUUGUUGUCGUUCUUGUCCGUUACAAAUUCUACUGGUGAAGUACUUUUAUGGUUUAUUAACUUGUCAACCACUGGUAUUUUAUGUACGUAUUUGUGUUUGUGGUGGUGUUACUUUAAGUUUAAGGCAGCCAUGAAAGCGCAGGGCCAUGACAUGAAGAGUAAAGAUUAUCCCUACUUUAGGGCUCCAAGAUUUGUUCACCCAUACAUGACAUACUUGGCAGUUUUCCUCAAUGCAAGUGUGUUAUUCUUCAACGGGUACUGGGUUUUCUUCCCUGGCCAAUUCUCCGUUGCAAACUUAUUUACUUCCUACUUCGCUCCAGUUUUCUUUAUUUGCUUGUUCAUGUUCUGGAAGAUCUUGAAGAAAACUCACUUUAGAACAAACGAAGAAGCCGAUCUUACUACAGGAAAGGAAGCCAUUGAUCUUCAAGAAGAAAUUGACAUUCAAGAAGAUGAGGCUCGUCCUCAUAAACAAGGUACCUUCUGGAAAGUUUUACGCAAGAUCACUGACUUCGUUUUCAAUUAG